GAGGCAGGAGUGGGCAGGCCCUGGUGGAGGCCUGAGCAGGCAGCCACUGCUCCCCACUACCUUGGCACGCACAGGACCCUCCAGCUCAGGCGACUGAGCUCCGGCUACCUGCUUCUCUUUCCUGCCUCCCCACUAAGCAGAAGCGACCCCUGUGACAUUGGCGCAGUCAGGGACCCGGGACCCAGCCCUGAGGCUUGAGAGACCUCUCCCUUCUGCAGGCUUUUGCCACAGGAUCCCUGAUCCCCCACCAGGUCCUCAUGCACUUGAGCAAGUGCUCAAGGACCCUCACUGUCUGGGACAAAAUCGAACCACCUGCUUCUGUCUCUUUCUCACCCGCUGAUUUCUCCUCUCCCAUUCUCUCCAUCCUUCCCCUCCUCUCUGUGGCAGUGGCAAAGCACAAGCAGGUAGUGAGGAAACUGACUGUCCUCUCUCCAUUUCAGGUAUAGCAGAGACUCCUCGGGAAGACUCACAGGACUGUACCCACUGCCUGCCAUGUCUCUGUGGUCACCUUUCCGAUGCAGAUGGAAGCCGGGUCCAAGGGACUCUAGAGAGGCCUCUCCACAGCUUCCCGAUCAGGACUUCGAGGCCCUACUGUCAGAGUGCCUGAGAAAUGGCUGCCUCUUUGAAGACACUAGCUUCCCGGCCACCCUGAGCUCCAUCGGCAGCAGGUCCUUGCUGCAGAAGCUGCCACCCCGCCUACAGUGGAAGAGGCCCCCGGAGCUGCACAGCAAUCCCCAGUUUUAUUCUGGCAAGGCUAAAAGGCUGGAUCUGUGCCAGGGUAUUGUAGGAGACUGCUGGUUCUUGGCUGCUUUGCAAGCUCUGAGCUUGCAACAGGACAUCCUGAGCCGGGUUGUUCCCCUGAAUCAGAGUUUCACUGAGAAGUAUGCUGGCAUCUUCCAGUUCUGGUUCUGGCACUAUGGGAACUGGGUUCCUGUGGUGAUCGAUGACCGUCUGCCUGUGAAUGAGGCUGGACAGCUGGUCUUUGUCUCCUCCACCUACAAGAACUUGUUCUGGGGCGCGCUUCUGGAAAAAGCCUAUGCCAAGCUCUCUGGUUCCUAUGAAGACUUGCAGUUUGGACAGGUGUCUGAAGCCCUUGUAGACUUCACUGGAGGGGUGACAAUGACCAUCAACCUGGCAGAAGCCCAUGGCAACCUCUGGGACCUACUCACCAAAGCCACCUACCACAGAACCCUCAUUGGCUGCCAGACCCACUCAGGGAAGGAGAAGGUUCUGGAGAACGGGCUGGUGGAUGGCCAUGCAUAUACUCUCACAGGAAUCAGGAAGGUGACCUGCAAACAUAGACCUGAGUAUCUAGUCAAGCUACGGAACCCCUGGGGAAAAGUGGAAUGGAAAGGAGACUGGAGUGACAGUUCAAGUAAAUGGGAGCUGCUGAGCCCCAAGGAGAAGAUUCUGCUUCUGAGGAAAGACAAUGAUGGAGAAUUCUGGAUGACACUGCAGGACUUUAAAGAACAUUUUGUGCUCCUGGUCAUCUGUAAACUGACCCCAGGCCUGUUGACCCAGGAGGCGGCCCGGAAGUGGACGUACACCAUGCGGGAGGGGAGAUGGGAGAAGGGGAGCACAGCUGGUGGCCGGAGGCAGUUGCUGCAGGACACAUUUUGGAAGAACCCACAGUUCCUGCUGUCUGUCUGGAGGCCCGAAGAGGGCAGGAGAUCCCUGAGGCCCUGCAGCGUGCUGGUGUCCCUGCUCCAGAAGCCCAGGCACAGGCACCGCAACCAGAAGCCUUACCUCGCCAUCGGCUUCUACCUCUAUAGGAUGAACAUGUACCAUGAUGGCCAGAGGAGACUGCCCCCCACGUUUUUCCAGAGAAACGCUCCCCUGAGCCAGCCUGAUAAGUUUCUCAGGGAGAAAGAAGUGAGUCAGGAGCUGUGUCUGGAUCCAGGGACAUACCUCAUAGUGCCCUGUACCUUGGAGGCUCACCAGAAGUCAGAGUUCAUCCUCAGGGUCUUCUCCAGGAAGCACAUCUUUUAUGAAAUUGGCAGCAGUUCUGGUGUUGUCAUCUCAAAGGAGAUAGAAGAUCAAAAUGAAGGGCAGAAUGAAUGCUUCACCAAAUUCUUUGAAAAGUAUCCAGAAAUUAAUGCAGUUCAGCUGCAGAACAUCCUGAACCAUGUGACCUGGUCAAGUCUGGGGAGCACACAGCCCCUCUUCAGCCUGGAAGCCUGCCAGGGGAUCCUGGCGUUACUGGACCUUAAUGCCUCGGGUACUAUGAGCAUCCAGGAAUUCAGGGACCUGUGGAAGCAGCUGAAGCUCUAUCAGGAGGUUUUCUACAAGCGAGACAAUGGGUCAGGAUACCUGAGCUGGGCACAGCUGCAGACUGCCAUGAGGGAGGCAGGAAUCGUGCUCAGUGAUGAUGUCUGUCAGCUGAUGCUCAUCCGCUAUGGCGGCCCCAGCCUCCAGAUGGACUUUGUCAGCUUUGUCCACUUGAUGCUGCGUGUAGAGAACAUGGAGGAUGUCUUCCAAAACUUAACCCAAGAUGGCAAAGGGAUAUACCUCCAGAAGUCAGAGUGGAUGAUGAUGGCAUUGUACUCCUGAGAAGGCUGAGUCUCAUCUGCCUUCACUGAGGACUCUGCAUGUGGUCCAAGAGUAGCCUUUGGCUGAGACCAACCUACAUCCACCCUACUCACUGAUCUUCAGAACCGCCUCACCAGCCAUCACCUUCUCAGCUGGGAAGAUUUCUCUUCUGCAGCCCCUCCCUUGGACGGCCAGCAUGCAGAAAGGGAAGGGAGGCAGUAAAGAAAAAAAAAAAAAGAUUGCAUCAGAUUUGUAAAAGCCAGCCGUCCUUCCCUGGGGCCACAACCUUGUUACAAGCAGAGAUGUUACCUGACAUGGCCUAAACAUUCUGACUCCAGAGCUGGUAUGCUUAGCCUCUACACAACACUGCCUCUGUGGCCUCAAACAUAAGUGACCGUAGACAUGCCACAUGUUCUCAUAUGUGGGGUAAUAUGUGCCAUAUGUUCUCAUCUAGGUUUCAAGGUCUGAAGAGGGAAUGAAAUAUCCUUAGACAUUUAGUCCCAGCAUCUGCAAAUUGAUAGAGACAUAGGCUAAAUUUCAGUUGUUUAGACAUGGGGUCAGGAAUAUAGCAGGCUUUCAGAAACACAGAAAAUAAGAGAAUUGGCAGAGUGCAGGUAGGGUGGGCUGGCUCUGACAUCUGAGAUCACGGGGUAAUCUUCUGCUGACAAUAUCUCCAUAUGAUUGGAUUUAGGGGAACCCAGUGGACUUAAAGCACCUGAGUUCUCAAAGGGCUUCCUGCUUGUGACAGGUAUCAGUCUGUUUACUGGACCUAUAGACUAUCAAAUCCACUUCAAAUCCAUCCAGAAAAUCUCAGUCUAUCCACUUCAAAGAACAAAAACACACCCAUUUAUCAAGCUCUUGCAAUAGGUCGAGCAUCUGCUAGGUGCUGGGGACACAGAGCUGACAGUCUCCUGGGGGGUGUUGACUGACAGGUGUUCUGUGUUCAGAUGACUGACAGGUGUUCUGUGGUGCACUGUGACGUGGGAAUGCACACAGUGCUGUGAAAACACAGAGAGCCAACUAGCACAACCUGAGAGGGCCAGGGGAGGCUUCCUGGCAGAAGUUUCCCUUUAACCAUCUUAAAGAGAAAGAGGCACUAGGUAGGAAAAUAAAAGAAAAAUGAUGUUUCAGACAGAGGGUACUGCACAUGG